UUCGGGGUACUGGGGGUAAUGGGGUAGAAUCUGUGCACUGAAGCUUUCGACGCUUGUAUCACCAAUAUGCAGUAGAUCAAGAAAAGAAACACCACAAAUCGAGCUGUAUGGACCACUGUGCGACGAUCCAGCGUGCCGCCGUCGCGUCGGGGGUGAAGAUCACUCACAAGAAUGGCUAGGCGAGUGCUUUCUAUAACAGCUUAUUUUUUUUUUCGGUCUUCCAUCGUCGUAUUGGUAGGCAAAUAGAUCUCCGGAGUCCAGCUGGAGCCGUGGGUCCAAUCGAGCAUGGCAUCUAUGGAAGUGCAGUUCUAACCGGAGCGCCAUGAGGAAAGCAGUCGGGGUCAUCGCCGUCGUUGUUCUAUCUGUAUUUCCCAAUAUCUGGUGCGGGUCAAGUGAUGGGGAGGUCGUUGCUCGGGAUCCAGAACACGAUUACAGUUACAUGCCAAAAUUGUACCAGUACGAUGAUUACGGGAAAUGUCUGAAGCAAGGAAGUGUCUACUGCAUGGUGCGCAGUCUAGUGAAACCUCGUCCUUCCAGUGAGCUAUGGCGCCAAAUUCAGAAUUUCAGUGCGGACGUGCGCCACUAUCGGCAUAACCUUUUGGAUCGUGGAAUUUGCAUCGAUGAGUGUUUGAGGUCGAUCGGUGGCCUGGCUAAAACGCAACGGGAUGAGCUGCGCGUGGAUUCGUUUCAAGUGGAUUUCAAAUACCGGUUCAAAAGGAAAUACUUCCCACAUCUACUGGAACACCAGCAACUGUACGAGGAUUCAGUCUCUCUAUGCAUCAACCAGAAGCUGAAAUCAUCAUACGAUUUGCAAGCACUUUCCGAUAUUGAGUACUGUCAGGACAGCAGCAGCAGUUCCCUCUAUGAUCCCCUCAACACAUUUGACAGUCUCUGCAUCGCCAUCAUCUGCUUCGCGUUGGGUUUGGCCGUUCUAAGUACUCUGUUCGACUACUAUCUUCGAAUCCAGUCACAGCUGGAGGAUCAUUUCGAAAAAGUACCACCGAAGAUAGAGAACCAGUUCGCCACCAUCUGUAGUAUUCCACGAAACUUUAAAUCUCUUUCAUGUCCUCCGAGGUCCACCCUGAGUCAGGACUUCAUGUUUCUGGAAGGACUUCGAUUCGUCACAAUGGUAACCAUUAUCCACCUGCACACGACGGUCAUGCUGAUGAACAUACCUGUGGAACAUCCGGAGCUGUUUGAGGAAACUCUGCACAACCCGGUAAUGACCACCAUGUCACUAUUCACGCCUAAUUUAGUGCAAUCAUUCUUUACCAUUGGAGGCAUCCUGAUGGCUGUGAAUCUCCUGGAUACAAUGAGCAAACAAACCGCAUUUCGAUGGUCGCUUCUCUGGGAAAAAGUUACCAAUCGUUUGAAACGCAUUCUUCCACUGUACCUGUUCAUAAUAUUGGUAACUGCUACCAUUUAUCGACGGUUUAGAAUAGGACCCCUACACGAUAGAAUUGUAGGUGUGGAAUCGCAAAACUGCCAGCAUAAUUGGUGGAUUAAUUUAUUGUUUCUGAACAACUAUUUGAAAACGGACGAAACGUGCGUUCAACCAAGUUGGUACCUAAGUGCGGACUUCCAGUUCUAUCUGUUCGGAAUGGUGGCACUGAUGGUUAUUCAAAGGUUUCCACGAUCGGCCAAAUGCUGGGUGUGCUUCAUGAUCGCGCUGAACCUUCUCGGUCCAGGAGUAACAAUGUGGAUCCAGGCACUCCCACCUCUAAUGGCAACCGGGACUAGGCCCGUCCUCCUAUUGUUCACCGAUGACGAAUGGUUUGCUCAGCUGUACAAACCGUUUCACACCAGCAGCGCCGGGUAUUUCUACGGCGUACUCGCCGGAAUGGUGUAUCACCGGGUCAAACCAUCCGGGGAUGAGUUCAUCAACCGGAAGAUGUUCAAGGCAGUGAAAAUUAUUGCCUUGCUGGUGGUGAUCAUAUGCUACGUUCCAUCGUAUCUGAUCUACGAUAUCGAUUGGAAGGAGUAUUUCUGGAUGCCCUUCUAUGGGUCCAUUGCUAAAAACUGUUGGGGCUUCCUGUGUGCAGUCACAUUCAUAGAUUUAGCAUUCAACAAGAAAAAUCGCCUGAGAUCUCUGCUGGAGAGCCGAUCCAUACUACCCUUAGGCAAGCUGACGUACAGUGUCUAUCACAGCCACUACUUGAUACUGAUGGCAAUUUCCAGCGCCAUACGUGCACCGCUGGCAAAUGACGUUUUUACGCCGAUUUCGUUCACGGUGCUAGCGCUAAUACUGUCGUACGGACUCGGGCUGAUCGUCUUCCUGUUGGUGGAGCAACCGGCUGCCAAUUUGCUAACUGGUAAGACCAACUACAUCGAGUUCAUAGCGGAGCAGCUGAUGCAGGCGGCAAGGCGGUGUUUCAAGAAAAUUAAUAAAAAAUGUUUUUAAUAUCCAGUUUGAAA